UCGUUGCCAAAGCAGUAGAAGCAACACACGACACCGCGAUGCCUCGAACCAUCGCUGGGUACACCGCGCUUCCAUUCCCUGGAGAAUUCGCGAGCUACGUUUAUGUGAAGAAGCACAUCAACAAGUCAGAGGGAAAUGAAGAGACCGAGCUGGCAGCAGACAGGACGGCGUACGUUGUGAACCUGCCGGCGCGGGCGACGGCAGACCAGGUGAUGGAGCUCUUCAACGAGGUCGGACCUGUGCAGUCUGUGGUGAUGGGCAAAGCCAGUGAUGGCACAAUUGCGUCGAGUGCCCACGUCGUGUUCAAAGCCAAAGCAACGUUGAAGCAGUUGCUAAAACUGACCGUCCUCCCUAAAUUCCCUGGCUCAGACGACGUCCCCGAUGCUUUUGAAGCAGCCAUCCAGAAAUACAAAGCAGAACGUCCGGGGUUGCAAGUUCUGAAAUCGCGUGCCGACGAUUUUAUGGCCAACUUCGACGCGGAAGAAGAAGCGGAGCGAAAAGAGCGCGAGCAACUCAAAUCCCAUGUGGAUUCCGAUGGUUUCCAGACAGUCGUAAACACAAAGCGAAAACGAAAAGAUCAAGACGAGCUUCUGACGUACCGAAAGAAACAAAAGUCCAAGGAGUUGCAAGACUUUUACCGGUUCCAGCUCCGCGAAAAGAAGCGCGGCCAGCUCAAAACCCUGCGCGAACGAUUCGACGAAGACCGGCAACUGGUCGAAAAAAUGAAAAAAGAGCGCAAGUUUCGACCCGAGACCGGCACCGACUAAGUGCCCAUCAAACACUGCAUCCUUUUUCCAUACUCAUUGCUUGCUUUCCUUCGAACAUGCCACCGAGUGUUUCCAUCCUUGCGAUCAGCGACCU